GCCUGUGUAACCAGGAGUACUUAUCCCUACCACCUUACUCUCGCGCGUUGGAAAUGCCGAGCCCCUAUCAUGCUGGUUGCAAUUACAUUGCUCCCAAUGGAAGCGUUGCACAACGGCCUGCUGACCGUUCUGCACAAUCGUCGUUCACCGCACUCCAUCCGUCAACGGAACCACCGCCUGCAUCUGCAACGAUACCCGAGCACAGCAACAAUUAUCAUCAUCUCACUCCGCCGCCUCUUUCCCGCCAAAAUUCCAUCUUCGAACGUGGUACGCAGUUCGAACGCCUCGUUGCUGGGCAAGAAAGCGAAUUCGGCGAAGCACCUCCUGCGUAUGAGGAGGUCGCCCCUAGCACGGCGUAGUCCCUCUGCCUUUAACUAUUAUAUUCAGUAACGGACCUUUCUCUUUCCUGCCGUCUUGACGCUUUGUAGCCCAUCUCCUCUAUAUCCGUAUGUUACCCUCGGUAUGAAAAAUGCUUACUAGACCGACAGAUACGUCAACGGACACAAAUAGUGUAAUUGAGCUGCUACAUAUAGAACUAGUAGAAGUUGUAGAGGACGGACAGGGUGGUGGGAUGCGUACUAAAUUGAAUGUAGCGGUACAGAUAAACUAAGAAUGAUGAUGGGUGCC